UGGACGGUAUCAUUAAGAGAACAUACCCUACCAUUAUGAUUCGGACGUCAGACUUUCCUUUAUUGAAAGUCAGUUCAGAAUGAACAUCGGCGCAGUGGUCGCACUGGUAUUGGUUCAUGUCGCUACCAUUGUUUGUUGUAACUCGCCUACAUUCUACAAUGCGAAGUAUAGACAGCACCAUAAUUGGAAGCUGCUGCCCAUUGACGAAUGUGGAUUGCGAAACAGCAGAGCUUCCAGAGUGAUGGAGAGAAAGACCGCCGAGUGGGCCCAGUAUCCUUGGAUCGCUCUCAUCUACAGCUACAGCGAGGAGGGAGACAGUAUACGAUGCGGCGGUGUCAUCAUCAACAGGAGGUACGUCCUCACGGCUGCCCACUGCAUAUAUCCGGAAGGAUGGAUCACCGUUACCCUAGGAGAGUAUACUUUGCUCGACCCUUUGACUUGCGGUGAUGAUGCCUGCAGUUGUUCUGAAGCCUAUGAUCUGCCCGUACACCGAACAUGUGCCGAAGAAACUAUCACCCACCCAUAUUACACUUCAAGACCUGACGGACUCCAUGAAGAAAACGACAUCGCAUUGAUUCGUUUGAACGAUCCGAUUCCUAGCUAUAAAGGCACUGCUGCCAAUCAUAUAACUCCAAUAUGUUUGCCAGCAUUUGCUGAAUCUUCAAAAUAUUUUGAGGAUAAAUUGUUGGAAGUUGUUGGAUGGGGACAAAUGCAUUCAGACGCUUACCUACAAACGAUCACUGUGCCGCUAGUGGCACAGGAAAGGUGUGAAAAUAUGUGGAACAACGCCCUCGUCAAGAGGAAGUUUUGCCCGGGUGGUCGGCCGGAGUGCAUGAAGACCAUCACUGAACAGUUCAUCUGCGCGAGUGGGAUCAGAGGAAGAGGGUUGUGCACGGGGGACUCUGGAGUACCCCUGAUGGUACACAUCCCUCUCGACAGAAAAAGCAGGAGUACAAAGACUUUCGUGGUCGGGGUUGCAUCCCACGUUAUAGGAGACCAAAAUUCAGACUACGAUGCAGAUUGUGGCAGCGGUGUACCAGACGUUUUUACCAGGGUGUCUGAAUACAUGACUUGGAUUCUGGAUAAUAUAAAAGAGUAAACUGA